ACCAAAAUGCCACAAUUCCAUUUCCACCAUCAUUCAUUAUAAGAAAUCUAUAAACAAAAACAGAGUAUAAAUUAUUACUCCCAAUUGCAAUUUCAUUUCCUAUCCAUCCUAAAAUCUCUACCACGCUGGAACCUGAAAAAUGUUUCUGGUUUUCCUAAUCUUCAUCAAUUUCUCAUCGAUUUUCAUCCAUGCACAACAAUCAGACCUCCACACGCUCUUGAAGCUCAAAUCAUCCCUCCUCGGCCCCUCCGCCGCCGCCUCCGCCCUCCAUGACUGGGCUGCGCCGCCGUCUCCUUCCCCUUCCGCUCACUGCACCUUCUCCGGCGUCACGUGCGAGGGCUCCCGCGUGACCUCGCUCAACGUCACCGGCGUCCCGCUCCUAGGCACUCUGCCGCCGGAGAUAGGGCUGCUGGACGGCCUCGUCAACCUCACCCUCGCCGCUGUCAACCUCUCCGGUCCGCUGCCGCCUGAGAUGUCGAAUCUCUCCUCGUUAAAGUACGUCAACCUCAGCUGGAACUGGUUCAAUGGCACGUUCCCGGCGGAGAUGGUGCUAAGCUUCGCGGGCCUCGAGGUUUUCGACGUCUACAACAACAAUUUCACGGGGAAUCUGCCGCCGGAGUUCGUGAAUUUGGAGAAUUUGAGAGUUCUCAAGCUUGGUGGGAACUACUUCUCUGGCGAUAUACCGGAGAUAUACUCCGAUUUCGUGAGCCUCACGCAUUUGGCGUUGCAGGGGAACAGUUUGAGCGGGAGAAUUCCGCCUGGAUUGGCUAAAAUCCCCAAUCUCGAAGAGCUGUAUCUAGGUUAUUUCAACACGUACGAGGGCGGAAUUCCGCCGGAGUUCGGCUCAACAUCUACUCUCAAGCUGCUCGACCUAGGCUCCUGCAAUCUCACCGGUGUGAUUCCGGCGAGUCUCGGGAAUCUCAAGCAUUUGCACUCUCUGUUCCUUCAGAUGAACAAUCUCACCGGUCAAAUUCCGGCGGAGCUGUCGGCGAUGACGAGCCUGAUGUCGCUGGACCUUUCUAUCAACAAUCUCUCCGGCAGAAUCCCCGAGAGCUUCGCAGAGCUGACAAACUUGACGUUGAUCAGCUUGUUUCAGAACAGAUUCGAGGGGCCUCUCCCCGGCUUCAUCGGCGAUCUCCCCAAUCUCGAGGUUUUACAGAUUUGGAACAACAAUUUCACGCUCGGAUUGCCGGAGAAUCUCGGCCGGAACGGCAGGCUCAAGCUGCUCGACGUCACGAAGAAUCAUCUCACGGGGCCGAUUCCCAAAGACUUGUGCAAAGGCGGACGGUUGGAGAUGAUGAUAUUAAUGGAGAACUAUUUCUACGGUGCUCUGCCUCCGGAGUUAGGGCAAUGCAAAUCGCUAUGGAAGAUACGCAUACGGAAGAACUACCUCAACGGUACAAUUCCGGGGGGCUUUUUCCGGCUUCCUUUGCUCAUAAUGCUCGAGCUGAACGACAAUUACUUCACCGGCGAGCUUCCGGAGGAGAUUCUCGCCGAUAAAUUGGGUAGCCUCACGCUCUCCAACAACUGGAUCUCCGGGAAAAUUCCUCCGGCAAUCGGUAAAUUGACGAAUCUCGUGACCUUAUCUCUCGAUAUGAACAAACUCUCCGGUGAAAUCCCGGUGGAAAUUUUCAAACUUAAAAAACUCGCGAAGCUGAACUUGAGUUCCAACGCCUUAACCGGCGAGAUCUCCCCGUCCGUCGCGGAAUGCUCCGAUCUAACAUUCAUUGAUCUCAGCCUCAACGAUCUGCGAGGCGAAAUUCCGGAGACUGUUUCCUGGCUCCAGAAUCUGAAUCUCCUCAAUUUAUCUAGAAAUCGGCUGCAGGGUCCCAUACCGGGUGAAAUCGGACUGGUGAAACACUUAACCGUUCUAGACCUUUCCUUCAACGACUUCUCCGGCCAACGCCCGACCACCGGACUCUUGGGCGACCUUGACGACCGUUUCUUCGCCGGCAAUCCGAAUCUAUGCCCGCCUCGCAGCUCCCACUGCGCGUCGUCUUCGACCACAACGCAAGCAUCCUCCCACAAGGAGCAUUCAUCGAGCACGGUCAUCGUGAUCGUAGUGCUGGUGACUGCUCUGUUCACGGCGUUGGCUGCCCUGUUCAUGCUGAGGCGGCGUCGUCUGGAGAAGCCGAGGCUCACCGCGUUCCAGAGGCUGGAGCUGAGAGCCGAAGACGUGCUGGAGUGCCUGAAAGAGGAGAACAUCAUUGGCAGAGGCGGAGCUGGAGUCGUCUACAGAGGAUCGAUGCCUAAUGGGAUCGACGUGGCCAUUAAACGCCUGAGCGGUCGCGCUAACAGCUGUAACGAUCACGGAUUCAAGGCGGAGAUAGAGACGCUGGGAGGGAUCAGGCACAGGAACAUCGUCCGUCUCCUGGGAUACGUGUCGAACAAGGAUAGUAACUUAUUGUUGUACGAGUACAUGUCGCACGGGAGCCUGGGGGAGUUACUUCACGGCUCAAAAGGGGCUCAUCUGCAGUGGGAGUCGAGGUACCGGAUUGCGGUGGAGGCAGCCAAGGGGCUGUGUUACCUGCACCAUGAUUGCUCACCUUCAAUCAUUCAUAGGGAUGUCAAGUCGAACAACAUUUUGCUCGAUUCUGAUUACGAGGCUCAUGUUGCUGAUUUUGGUUUGGCUAAGUUCUUACAUGAUCCUGGUGCAUCUGAGUGCAUGUCCUCCGUUGCUGGCUCCUAUGGCUACAUUGCCCCUGAGUAUGCCUACACAUUGAAAGUGGACCAGAAGAGCGACGUGUACAGCUUUGGGGUGGUGUUGUUGGAGCUGAUAACAGGGCGGAGGCCGGUGGGGGAGUUUGGAGAAGGUGUGGACAUUGUGCGAUGGGUGUUUAAAACGAGAGCGGAGCUGUCACAGCCGUCUGAUGCAGCGGUGGUUCUGGCGGUGGUGGAUACGAGGCUCACUGGGUACCCUCUGAUUGGGGUGGUCAACUUGUUCAAGAUCGCGAUGAUGUGUGUUGAGGACGAGAGCUCCGAUCGACCUACGAUGCGCCAAGUCGUGCAAAUGCUCACCAAUCCACCGCAGGCUGCCCCUAAACUUAUAACUCUCUGAUCCCUCCGGCCUUGUAUUGUUCAGGAAAUAAACUUGGUUGCAGCUUAUAGCUAUAAUGCUAUCUGGUAGUAUGUGUUAAUAAGAUUUCAUUUCUGCUGGACUGGUUUCAUGAAUUGUGAGAGUGUGUAAGAUAUUUUGUAUAGUUUUAACUAUGUCAGUGUACUAGUAGGUAGAUUUAAUUUACUUGUUGAAUUGAAGCUCCAUCAAAAAUUCGCUUUUCCUUUUUGUUCUUA